GUAAAGAAAAAUAUAAUUUUCUUUAUAAAUUUAAAUUGUCACAGACGCUUUAUAAUCUAUGCCGCCGUUUUAUAAUCUAUGGAAAGGAUAACCUAAAAAACGUCCGAUAUUCCUCGUAAUUAGUGAGUAAUUUAGAAACACAUUGAUAUACAAACAUUAAAUGUCGUUUCUUUGUUUACAGAGAAACUCAGUUCUGUUUGAUUGCCCGUGUCCAAAUCACAUUUGAAGUAAUCUUAUAAAACGACAUUUAUUGUCAGAAAAUGGAAAAAUUGAAAUUUACGUUUCAAAUAAAACCAGCAGUAGACGGAAAGUCAAACUAUAUCGCCAUAACCUCAAUUGCCACACAAGAUGACAAAGUUUUUCUUAUGCCUGAAGAGUAUCAAACAGUAUCACUUCACAAACAUAUCCAAACCUCGAAAACCUUCGUUACAGUGAAAAAUACAUUGAAAAAAAGAUAUCAAACUAGAAGUGUUUGGAUUAAAACGACAGAGGACAUAUUACAAACAUAUGUGGAUGAGGAUGGCAAUAUGAUUUUUCGGGACCAAUUCCUAGAGGAAACUACCCAAGAACAAUUGGCUUUUGCUAAUAAAAAAUGUUCAGAAGACUCUAUAAUGAAGGUUUUGGAAAAAAUAAUUGAAAGUCAACAAAACAAAGAAAACCAAAGUAUAAAAAAGUUAGCAGAAAGGUUUGUAAUUGAAAAAUUUGAUGGAAAAAAUUCAAGUGCAUAUCAGUGGAUGGAAGUAUUUGAGAAAGAAUGUGCAAGGUUCGAUAUUGUAAAAGAGGAACAGAAAAUUGAAAUAUUUAGACUAUUUCUAGAAAAGUCAUGCACUGAUUGGUAUUCUUCCAUGAUGAUGAAGCUUACUUUACAUUCCGAGUGGUCAGAAUGGAAAUCAGAUUUCUUGCAAACAUAUGCCAAUAAAGGUUGGGCUACUAGCAAGUAUGCUUUAUCUUUCAAGUAUCAAGCAGGAUCUUUAUUAGAAUAUGCAGUCAAAAAAGAAAGACUUUUACUGGAAGUGAGAAAAACAAUGGAUGAAGGUACCCUAAUUGAUAUAAUUGCUGCCGGCUUACCAGAUUUUAUAACAGACAGAAUUAACAAGGAAGAAAUUGUACACACCAAAAAUUUAUUUAAUGAACUCGGCAGACUAGAACAUUUGGUUGCAAAGAAAAAAUUUAUAAAAAAAAAAGAGGACACUAAAAUGACUAGAGAAAAAUGUAGUAUCUGUGAAAAACUAAAGAAAGGUGUACGCUAUCAUUCAGAAGAUUCCUGUUGGUUUAAAGAGAAAAUAAAUACUGAAAAGGACAAAAAGCAAAUAAAGCUCAUCAACAAUUCUGAAUUGGAAUGUGAAUUGCAGUGUGAAGACCAAAAAAACUAAUAGUGCCGCCAUUGAUCAAAGUAAAAUUGGUACUUAAUAAAAAUGUUGAAGUUUUUGGGAUAUAUGACUCAGGGUCUAAUGUCUCAUUGAUAAAUUCAAGAUUGUUAAAGAUAAAUAACAAGGAAACCAGUCAUUUCAACAAUACUAAUUUAAAAACGAUUAAUGGCGUUAAAAAGGCAAUUGGCAUAAUUACACUUGAUGUAUCCAUUUUUAAUGUGAAAAAAAAAAUUAAUGUCUUUGUAAUAGACAAAGAAAAUUUCGAUUACGAUUUUUUAGUGGGACUAGAUUGUAUAAAAGAGUUUUACCUAGUUCAAAACGAAAACUUGGAAAUUAGUCAGAAAAUACCUAUUCAUAGAAGUGAAAUAGUUUCUAAGGAAACAAAUAAAACGGAUGUGGAUUCUAAGGAAAUACACUCUAAUAAUCUAGUAAACUUCAAUGAAGACUUCAGCGAAGAAAACUUUCAAAUUUCUAUAAAUCAUCUAGACUGUCAAAAACAGGCAGUGAUUGAUGAAUUAAUAUCGAAUAAUAAAUCUGUGUUUGCAAAGGACAAAUACGACAUAGGACAGGUAACAGGUUAUGAAGCACACAUUGAUCUACUAGUAGAAAAAUAUUGCAGUAAAAGGCCAUAUCGUUGCACAAUGGAAGACAAGAAGGAGAUUGAAAACCAGAUAGCAAAAUUAUUGGAAAAAAAUAUAAUAGAAGAAUCAUAUAGCCCAUUUGCAGCACCAGUCACAUUAGCUUAUAAAAGAGAUGAAAAUAAAAGGUCAAGAUUGUGUAUCGAUUUUCGAGACUUAAAUAAAAUUGUUGUACCUCAAUCACAGCCAUUCCCUCUUAUUGAGGACCUAAUAGUAAAAACAAGAGAUUGCAAGUUUUUCUCAACAUUGGACCUAAACUCAGCAUUUUGGUCAAUACCUUUACGUGUCACAGACAGACACAAAACUGCAUUUGUGACACAAGAGGGUCACUACCAAUGGACAUGUUUGCCGUUUGGCUUGAAAACCUCCCCAGCUAUAUUCCAGAGAAUAAUGUGUAACAUAAUAAGGAAGCACAGGCUUGGAGAGUUCGCAGUAUGUUUCAUUGAUGACAUUUUGUUAUUCUCAAAAUCAUUCUCUGAUCAUAUCGGAUAUCUGAAACAACUAUUUCAAGCAAUUAAAAGCGAAGGUCUAAAACUAAAAUUCUCUAAAUGCACAUUGGCAGCAGACACAGUUAAAUACUUGGGUCAUGUAAUACAGAAUAAUUCAGUGAGGCCGCUGAAAGACAAUUUAAUAUCGAUAAAAAAUUUCCCGACUCCAAAAACACAAAAAAAUGUGAGACAAUUCCUGGGAAAAAUAAACUUUUAUCAUAAGUAUGUGCCAAAUAUAGCAAUAAAACUGGAACCAUUGCAUAAUCUAUUGAGAAAAGGACAAAACUUUAACUGGACUAAAGCAUGCCAAGAGUCAUUUGAUUUAAUGAAACAAAUAUUAUGUUCUCAACCAAUAUUAACAAUUUUUGACCCAAACCUACCCAUACACAUAUACACGGAUGCUAGUAUAUUAGGAGUAGGAGCAGUCCUAAAACAGCCACAAGAAAACAAUGAAGAAAAACCGGUAGCAUAUUUUUCGAAGAAAUUGAA